UUCACCUCGGUUCUUCCUCCCUCAGAAUUCAGAAGCAUCUAGAAUUAGGGUUAGGGUUUUACACUUUCCGUCGAAAUCAAGAUGCUUACCAUCGAUCCCACCAAGAAACGUAAGCUCGACGAGAACGGCGUCUCGGUGGUGCUACCAGAGCUGGAUCCAAUCACGGGGCUCACUCCACAGGAUGUGCGCAAGCUUAUCGAACGCUUCACCACCGACCAACUCCUUGGCAUUCUCCAGGACGCAGCUGCCCGCCACUUGGAUGUCCUGAACGCCGUUCGUUCAAUCGCCGACCAGGAUCUCACCCAGCGUAAGCUCUUCAUCCGUGGCCUCGGCUGGGAUACCACGACAGACGGCCUCCGCACACUUUUCUCAGCCUACGGAGAACUUGAGGAAGCGGUUGUGAUUCUCGACAAGACGACUGGCAAGUCUAAGGGAUAUGGUUUUGUUACGUUUAAACACGUUGAUGGUGCUUUGCUUGCCCUGAAAGAGCCCAGCAAAAAGAUCGACGGACGUGUAACUGUUACUCAACUCGCGGCAGCGGGAAAUACGGGGACGACCACAAACCCAGUAGAUAUUCAUUUGAGGAAAAUUUAUGUGGGUAGUGUUCCCAUUGAUAUGCCUGCAGAUAAAUUGCUAAGUCAUUUUGCACAGUAUGGAGAAAUUGAGGAGGGUCCUUUGGGUUUUGAUAAGUUGACUGGGAAAUCAAAGGGCUUUGCGCUUUUUGUGUAUAAGACCAUGGGAGGAGCGCAAGAAGCGUUGAGGGAACCGGUAAAGAAUAUUGAUGGAAUUCAGAUGAAUUGUAAGCUGGCAAUUGACGGGAAGAAAGGGAAGCCAGGCGGGCCAGGAUUGGAUGGAGUGCAGGGAGGCGGUCUGGGGAGUGGAGAUGGGAUGGGGGGCCCGCCUGGUCCUGGGGCUUACGGGGGAGCAGGUGGUCAUGGUGGGUUGGGGGGUUAUGGUGGGUUUUCGGGUGCAUUGCAGGGUCCGCCGCCAUUAGGUCCUCACCAUUUGAAUUCAGCCCCUGUAGGGGCAUCUUCUUUAGGUGCCACUACCGGUUCUGGGGGUUAUGGAUCUGGGUUUGGUCCGCUUGGAGGACCUUAUGGAGGGUACGGAGGACCAGGCUCAACAGGGUAUGGUGGUUUGACUGGUGCUGGGGGUGGUGGAUUGAGUGGUGCAGGGGGUGGGAUUGGUGGUGCCGGUGGUGGAUUGAAUGGUUCCGGUGUUGGGUCCUCUUUGUACAGCAGGAUGCCCCCUAGUUCUGUUGGUAUGCCAUCUGGUGGGUAUCCAGAAGGUGCACGCUACAAUUCAACCUUUCCGGGUCCGCAACACCAAGGAACAGGGGCAUCGCCUUUGCCAAGGGUUGCACCUGGAGGAUUGUAUCCCAAUGCUCCUUACUACUGAGGUAAGUUCUCAAUGUCACGUCCUGUAUAAGAGAAAGAUUCUACGCGGUCCGAUUUAGAAAAUUCAAAAUUCUCUGCUAUGGUCUCUGGUGGUUUGCUGCAGUUGUUUAGCAAUCUCCCAAGGUGAGUUUCCCUUCCCUUCCCUUCCCUUCCCAUCUGGGUUUUGUUUGGUUGCCUAGAAAAUUGAUGAGAAGGAAACCAGAAAUCAAAAGAAAGAAACUUGUUAGGUGUUUUCAUGUGGGUUUCUCUUCCUGUUUAAGAAUUCAACUUGAAUUCUCUUGUUUAUAUGUGUUACUACGCUCUGUUUGUUCUAGUUUUUGCUUUAAUUGCUUUUUUCGUGCCAGGAUAAGAAUAUUUAGAUUCAACAUUUAAGUUUUUUCCUUCUAUGGUUUCAGAAAUAGUCAAGAAGGGAAACUAUUGUUGUUUCUGCUAACCUUACAGGGGUUUGAGACAUUAUUGACAAUGUUCAUAGUCAGUUGUUCAUGCCAUGGAUGACUCUGGAGUUUUCCUCUACAUUUUUGCUUCUUUUCAUGAAGUAUUUUUAGCAAUUAUAAGUUUUUCAGAUCUAUAUCAUAUCAUAAUUUCUUGUCAGCAUCAAAAACAAUGGAAAUUUUCAAGAGUGGUCUGGACAAAAAUCCUAUUUCCGGGUUCAAUUAGUGAUAUUGUUGAUCUAGUAGUUUAGGAUUCUUCUUUCUUGUGUUUAUACUUCUUCCACACAGAAUUAAGAGGUAGCUUUCCCCCUCACUUUGGUUUCUUUAGCUGUCUCCUUCACUUUCUCUCUUCUUUUUCAGUCUGGUUUAAUGCAUUUGGUCCUUUUUCAUAUUGCUUAAAAGUUUCCAUUAUGAUUGCAUGUUUCAAUACACACUUUUACUUCCU